AUGAGUGAGCAGAGACCACCUUUCCCACCUUUCAGCCGCGAGAGUGCGCAUGUCAAGGUCAAGGCUGCGCAAGAUGGAUGGAAUACCCAAAAUCCAUCAAAAGUCAAGAUGGCCUAUACUCCCGAUUCUAUCUGGCGAAACCGCGGUACCUUUAUCGCCGUGCAGUUCUGGUAUGAAUUCCGCGAUGACGAUGGCCAAUGGUGGAGAUGCUACGGACUUGAAGAUUGGACGUUUGAUAAUGAUGGAUUGAUGAAGAAGAGACAGAUGAGCGGUAACAAUGUCAAGAUCAGUGAAGAGGAGAGAUGGUUCAAGGAUGGAGUGGACGUCAACACUGUCGAAAUUGGACCAGAGCAUUGGUAA